AUGACAACCCCGGAGCCCCAGCCAAAGACAUCCGUCGCCACAGAAAAAGUACACCUCCCACGCAUCACGAUCAAAUACUGCACACAAUGUAAAUGGAUGUUGAGGGCUGCUUAUUUCGCCCAAGAGCUCCUCUCAACAUUCAGCACCGAUCUAGGCGAGGUAGCGCUCAUCCCGGCUACGGGGGGAAUCUUCACAGUAACGAUAUAUCAUUCCUCGUCGGAAGUGGUGGAGACGCAAGAGACGAUCUUGUGGGAUCGGAAGACGAAUGGGGGGUUUCCUGAGGUCAAGGUGCUCAAGUCGUUGGUGAGGAAUGUGAUUGAUCCGUCGAGGGAUUUGGGGCAUACGGAUCGGGCGUUGAAGGCUGGUAAUGUGUCUGUGAAGGAGGGGGGUGCUGCUAGGGUGAGUUCGAGUGAGGGAAAGGGGGGUGAGAAGGUAGAUGGGGAGAAGAAAGAGUGUGAGGAUUGUCGGUGA